CCUAAUAAAAAACCAUUUUAGCGAAACAGCACCAUAUGCCUGCAAAGUGGCAGCGCUAUAAUUGUAAUUAAAAGAGAAUGGCAAUGCCGCUCAUGUUUUGUUUACAUUAUACACUGUCAGUGCUGAAUUUAUUUUGCUAACCAAAAUCGCGUUUGUUUGACAUAUUUGAAUAUAAUUUUUAUAACGACGAGCUUUAAUACUAAUUAUUUGUUUAUAAACUUUGAUUUCUGUUAAUAAACUUCAAAAUGUUAAAAUAUGAUUAUGGAAAACGCAUUAAAGUAAUGAUAAAUCGUGAAAUUGGGUUAGAAAAGCGAGAAGUCUCUAUAAGUAAAUUGAGCCAUAAAUAUCACGAAAACCUGGCGAACUUAGAAGCGCGGUUUCAUGAUCAAAAUGCACGAUAUGAUAAAAUAAAAAAUAAAAUAAAGAAGGGAAAUGAAAUAUGUAAUGAGAUUCAAAAAACGAUUGACGACUGGAAAAAGCGAAUAUCAGAAAUGCAAAACGAAGCUCAACGCUGCGUAGCUGAGGCUAUACACAACCGUGAACAAUUAAUUAAGCAAUUGGAUGAAAUACACACAUUAAAGUUAGCGACCAAUACGUACAUUAAUUUGAACGCACUUCCGGAGCGCAUACAAGGAGUCUUUGUGCAAGAGACAGAAGUUCGCAGGAGUUGGCACCCUUUUUGCUUUGAACCUUUAAAGCACACUCCGGAAGAAGUGCGACAGAUUAUUUGGGGCAAUUCCGAAAACGCCAUGGUCUAUAGUGAAGCAUGGGAACGUCUGGUAUUCCGUUCGGUACGCGAAAUGCUGUUGCAAUUAACUAAGGGCAGUUAAUUCCUUUUUUAGCAGUCUUUGUUGUGUAUGGUGUUUUUAACAUAAGAUAAUUUUAAAUUGUGAA